CAACCACCACCUUGACGGCCGCCCUCUCACGCCCGUUCCUACCAUGACUUCAUCCAACCCUUCGAGACGGUCCAAAAUCACUCAAGCAUCAAUCCUGCUCCUCGCGUCAAUGGCCGGUGCAGAUCCACUCACACGUCGCGCCCCAACAGCGAGCGCAGCAGCGUUGGACUGCGCACAACCCCUCACCUUCGGAUCCAAUCAAUACGACCUUUCCUCUCUCUCUUCUCUCGACCCUGUCAUCAUAUCAGCCAAGUACGAUACCCCGCCGAGCAUCACAACCUAUUCCCUCGCUCUCUCCCUGUGCAAACCGCUCCCCUCCGACCAAUCCUGUGGCUCAGGCACGCGUGUAUGCCAAAGAGUCUCUUCCAAACUCUCAGCAGGCGGUGACGACGUAGUCAACCAGAUCAUCCCUUUCUACGGCGACGGGGCAGCAUAUCGCUAUGAGCUGGAAGACGUAUCGACCGACGGCAAAGAAUGGACACUAGAGCUCAAAGGCCCGGAGUACGCGGGAAGACGGCAGAAAUUGGAGAUACAGAUGUCAUGUGACCCCUCGGCGUCAGUGGAAAGCAAACCGACAUUCAAGGGGUACGAUCUAAUGGAAGGCGAGGGGAAGGUGAGCUGGAGGACGAAGAUCGCUUGCCCCAUGAGCACGAAGGAUAAGGAUGGGGACCCGGCUGGGGAUGGGACGAACCCGCUGCAGCCAGCACAAGGGGGAUGGGGGUUCUUUAGCUGGUUCUUUUUCCUCAUUAUCAUGGGUCUCAUCAUCUACUUCGUACUCGGUACCUACCAGAAUCACCAGAAGUACGGCGUCUACGAGAUCCCGCAUCGCGACUUCUGGAGGGAGGCGCCUUACCUUGUUCAGGACGCUGGAAGACAUGCGUGGAAGUCUAUCGCUGGUGGGUCGGGUGGAGGAAGCAGUGGCAGGGGAAGCGGAGGAUAUGAGCCCCUCUGAGCCCUGAGGUAGCCUGGUGACGCCGGCAGCGCCUCAAGAUGCUUCCUCGGAGCAUGGCCUGGCCAGAAGUCGCUGUGCCGGGCCCUUAGCUUCAUCGCCAGCACACGACAAGGUAGCGCUGCUGCUCCAGGCGCGGAGGACCCUUCGCAGCCUUCGGCGACUAUCAGCACCUCGAGCGGUACUACUGCACGGAGCCAUGGUCAGCGGCUUCGGCACGCGUUGACAGCGUAUGUCUACCUGCGCAUUUUGUUGAGGCGGCAUCACGCCUCACUGCUUACUGUACAGACUAUCAGCGCAUGUCGACUUUCUGGAAAAGCUAUUUGGCAUUGCUACGGAGCACGUAGAGGUAGCGCGAGAGAGAACGACAGGAUACAGCGUAGUUGCAGGCCGAAGGAGAGAGGGAUAAUGUUAUCGUUGCAAAUCCACAGAAACGUAAUCCUAGACAUAAUUAUGUGCAA